CGCAGGCGGUGAUUGGGCAGUGCAAAUGUCUCAUUUCCCCUUGUCCACCGAGCACCGGUUGAGCACAUUCGGUCACUUCUCCCGUUAAAUGGAGGAACGUCCCUGCGAAGGGGCAAUCGGAAUAUAUGUCAGUCAUGGAGCAGAGAACGGCCCUGAUCGAUCGAACACAUCGGUAAACAAUGAUCAGAACCACUGUCAGUUCCAGAACGAGAAAACGCAGACGAAGAAAACAGAAAAUGGCAAAAUAAAUGGAACUCUGAUCAAGGGAGAGGUGACUCCCACUUCCUUAAACCCAGACUGCUCCCAGCACCCUGCAAACAGCAAUGGCAACAGACACCUGCUAGAAACCAACUUGAAUAAGAAGCCCACUCAACGGGCCUUCGUCACUGGCUUAACAGGGGACAGGAAAGGUAGAAACACUAGCAGAAACAAUAUGAACUUCAAAAAUGACAAGUCCUCAGAGCUGAACACAUUUGAGGGCAAAAAAGAUGCUUUGUCUACUCUGAAUGGUGUGGUGUCGCUCAAUUCUGUACCACUUACCAACGGUUACCCCAGCAAACCUGGAGCUGACAACGAUGGCAGUGGCUCAGAGAGUGGAUACACUACUCCAAAAAAGCACCGGGCCCAAGUAAAUGGCAAAGUUGGGGACAAUGUGACUGCUUUUACCCAGGGAAAAGCCAUGCAGCAGGGUGGCAAACAAGAUCAUGGGCUUGCGGCACCAGAGUCAGCCAAUAGAGCCACAGGCUCACAAGUGGAGAGUGGCAGAGCCAGUUCAAAAGGAGAAGUCAAUCCAGGUUGCUAUUCAAAAGCCAAGGAACCACCUGCGUCCGCCACCCCACCCCCUCUGCCAGUGGCUGAGCUUCAAUGUAAGAACUCUGACAUCAAAGCAGCUGGCAAAAAGUUUGAGGACCGGUCAAGUAAGGUUAAGGUGGCAGCAUCCACCAAAGAGGACUCAUGGACCUUGUUCAAGCCUCCUCCUGUCUUUCCUGUGGAUAAUAGUAGCGCUAAGAUUGUGCCUAAGAUCAGUUAUGCAAGCAAAGUAAAGGAGAACCUCAAUAAGACUGCCCAAGCUGGUGGGGAGGCUCUCACUCCUGCUCCCCAGGUGCCUGGGAGACCACCACAGGUCCCCAUGUCUGCGGUGAAAACCAUCACAUCAGCUAGCUUUACUAAUGGUCCCUUGUUGGGGGAUGGGAAUGGCUUUCCCCUGCCUGGACCCCAUUUCAGCUUAACAGCAAGCACUGGUCCUCUGCUAGUGUCCCCAGCUGUUGCUACCGAGAAUGUAGCAUCUCCCAGUGGCAGUGGCACUACCGCCAUUGGAAGUUCCACCACCUCUUUGGCUGAGCCUAGGAAGUCCAGCCUGUUUGUUUACCCCGUUAACACCUCCAAUAUGCAACUUUCGCUCCCUAGUGGCCGCCAAGCUGAUCCUCCGGCUGCUCAGACAAAUCAGAAGUCUCUGGGGGACAUUUUUCAGAAUCAGUGGGGCUUGUCCUUUAUUAAUGAGCCAAGUGCUGGACCAGAGGGUGCGGCUUGUCGCUCAAACGGAAAGGACAUGCCGAUGGAAGUGAGCUUUCAGGGAGGCUGUCCAGCUACAGUGGCCACUCAAACUUCCAGUACCUCUCAGAGACUGGAUCAACCACCCUUCCCCAAGGCUCAUGAGCCAGACAAACGGACUAACACUCAGAAUCUGAGUAAAGGUCUGAACAGCGGUGCCCCUGUGGCAAGUGGGUCUGUACCCGAAACCUCUGUCCUUAGCCUGGAUGCCCAGAGAGAUGAGACUGGGGUUCAUGGUGCAAUAGUGUUUUGUUCUUCCUCUAAGGACAUUUGUGCCGAGCUGCCUCCCACCUUCCCAGCUGCACCUAAGGUGGCUUUGACCAAGGACCAGGGCCAUACUAAGAGCUUUGACAGGAGGUCUAGUUGGGGGUCGUUUGAUCUAAAAGCUGCUGUAAUUUAUCACACUAGAGAAAUGGAAUAUAUUUUGAAUUUGCAAAAACAAGAUCCAAGUCGAGUAAUCCUUUACAGUGAGUCAUGGGACGGACCUGCUCAAUGAGGCUGCGUCCGGACCUUAUAUCUCAGCUGAACUCUGCUGCAAAAGACGUCCUUGAGGAACAUGGCUACUGCCUGUAAACAUCCUGAAUCAGAACUAAUCCAAUCUUAAGAUGGUUUAAAAAGACCUUGUUACUAGUCAGCAGUCAAGGCUAAGCGCAAAGGACAAGAGUGCGCUUAAAAAACGGGUUAGCUGGUUUUAGAAUUUAGAAAGGAAGGACCGGAGCUUUUGAACUCAACUCUAAUGUGAUCUAGUGGAUAUGUUGCUGAAGACAAUUCAAAUGACUUUGGGGACAUGCAUUUCACAUGUAAAACACUCAUAAUAACCAUGUUAUGACAUUUGUUAGGGCAGAAGCCUCUCCUUUACUCAUGAACCUAAAGAGAGCUGUCUUCAUCUCAAGCCUCCUGGGGAAGAUGAUGUGUCACCAUGUUUCCCAUGGUUUCCCUCUUGAAUUCAAAUGAUCAUGUUGACUCAAAGUGGUCUUGUGUGCAUACACAUUGAAUUAUUUCGGGCACAGAAAAGAAGAUGUAAACCUUGUGUGUUGUUCUCUGAAAUAACAUAAUGUGGCAAGAGGAACUACAUGUUUUUUUGUCAUUCAGGGGAUUUGAACUCCAUAUAUGUCUGGGGGGCAGGUUGUUCAAAUUUUGGGAUUAAUAAUUGUCUUAAUUUAAUUCUGGACAAGAUUGGGUCAGUCUUGUUAGUUACGCGUCCCCUGUAUUGGUGUUUUCUUCUUUUCCUUUUCAUUGAAAAACGUCAAAACUCCCAGGGCAGGUUAUGAGGUACACUUCGACUGGGAAACUGUACGCCCUGUAGUGUGCAUGUGCAGUAUGCUGCUCUGUGCGUCAUCUUUUGGAAGAAUUCAAAGUGCUAUCAUUCAACAGUCUUAUUGUCGCCACUUCACGCUUCUGUCACCUGACAGCUGUUCCAAUCUCAUUGUGUGAGAGUGUGAAAUAAUGUUUUAUCUUGAGUGUUUUAUGUUUUUAAUUCUAAAUAGCAAUUAGAACCCAGAACUAAUCUCUAAGAUGUGCCACACUUUACAGUUGCUUUAGCUCCAACGCUAACAGGUACAUCACGGAUGUUUUAGAUCCUAGAGGGAUUCUUCUUUUUCUUUGGUCUAGUUCGAUAAAGCUGCUCUUUUAGUUAGGGUUUUGUUUUUGCCCAGAAAGGCAGUAGUAACUGCUCUGUUGGACUACACAAGUUAGGGGACCCCAGAUAGCAGUUGCUGGCAUAAGAUCCAGCAUUUAUGUUUUACUCCAGAGACUAGAAGCUCAGGCAUCCAUGCUUAGCUUUUAUUGAGCACCACAAUCAUCCAGUCACCCGUAAUGGAAUUUGGUUUAUGCUUUGUUUUAUAUUCUUGUAUGUGUUUUCCUUUUUUUCCAUACCUGGUUUCCGGCUUAUUUGUUAAACGCUUGCUAAAUCACUUAUGAGCCUCAUCAAUAGAACCGCUGUUGACAGGAAUUCUUCCAUCUUGUAAAUGUUCUCUAUCUAUUGUCUGAAAAUGCAUUCUAAACUUAAGUCUCUCCUGUUUUAUCAUUUCACAAAUUAAUUGAGUUCUACAUAAAAAUCAGUAGCACUUUAUGUAUUAUUUUCUUGAAUUGUAUUUCCUUAAACAUUGACAUAUCAGUACAUAUUUUAAAUUCUAGUAAUUAAUCAUAGGCUACUAACUUUAACCUCCACCUAAGGACUGUUGGUCCAAAAUUGCUAAAUCAAAUAAAUAUACAAAACAAAAAAGUGAAGCUAAAAUAAAAAGACACUCAGGUAGAAUUAGGGCAGUGUUCUUCUGACAAAAAUGCACCAAUGGUGUUAUUGCCAAAAAUGAAAAGAACGUCCCAUGUUUGUACCAGCUUUUUUUUUAAUUAACCUUUGAGGGAACUGAGUUACGUUUUGACUGAAAGCAAAGCUUGCCUACCUUUAGAGGUAUCAUUUUGCAUCAAUGUUUUCUGUACAUAACCACGAGGCACUGCCAGGUGAAAAGAUGUAAUUCACAUGGAAACCGUUAACCACACUAUGUAUUUGUAAGUCAUUCUCUUGUAUUUUUUUUUAUUUUAUUUGUUACUACAUUUUCCGGUUCCAGUUUCAAAAAGCAGCAUACAAAGAUUUCCAUUGUGGUCUACAUUUACUUCUGUUGAUGAAACUUGGGAUGUGUUGAUAUAGUUUUAAAUUGAGUUUCUGUACUUGAGAUAUCCAUGGUCUGUUAUGUGUGUUUGUUCAAAUGAUACUGCAAAAGCUUUAGUGUCAUCAUCUGUCUGAUAUUAAAAGGAUAGUUCACCCAAAGUGAAAAUUAUGUCACCGUUUUCUCACCCUCAUGUGACCUCAUGUUUUUUUCUUCCAUUGAACACAAAAUGAGAUGUUAGGAAGGAUGUUUGUCUCUGUCUCCAUUCACUUUCAUUGUAUCUUUUUAUUUCUCCAUACAAUGAAAGUGAAUGGUGACUGAGACUAACAUGCUGCCUAACAUCUCCUUUUGUGUUCCAUGGUGGGAAAAAGUAAUAUGGGUUUAGAACAACAUGAGGGUGAGUAAAUUAUGCAAUAUUUUUCAUUUUUGGUUGAACUUUCCCUUGAAAACUGAGAUGUAAAGUUUUUAAUUCUGCUUCAUCUACUCUAGUUCCAUUUGGAUUCCACUUAAAAGCAGCUUUGUGCAAGGCAGAGAAUUCCUGCAAUGUUAAUUGUAUUAUUUCUUUGCUUUUUAGAUGCACAUCUCUUCAUGGCUUCUUUUGAGUUUUUAGUUAUCUAAAUAGUGUCUUUACAAAGCUCACAUAGAGCAUUGUUUUAUUUAUAUACCGUAUGUGCAAAAGUUUUAGGCACUUGUGGGAAAACUUUCAAAGUGAGGAUUUCUUAAAAGAAAUUAUGACAAAUAGUUUUCAUGAAUCAAUUAAUGUCAUACAAAGUCCAGUAAACACAAAACUAGCUAAAUCAAUAUUUGGUUUGAAAACUUUGCUUUCAAAACAGCACCAAUUCUCCUACUUACACCUGGACACAGUUUUUAUUUUUGUUGGCAGAUUUGCAAAAGGAAUUUUUGGGAGUAUGACAUGUAUAUUUCCUAAUGACACUAAAUUAGCAGAUAUAAAUAACCAUCUCAAGACAAAUGUUUUUGUGAAACAUCUUAUGUGCCUAAUACUUUUGCACAGUAUUAUAUAUAUAUACACACACAGUAUUGUGCAAAAGUUUUAGGUGCUUGUGAAAAUGUUGCAUAGUGAGGAUUUCUUCAAAAAAUAGUGCCAUAAUUAGUUUUCAUUUAUCAAUUAACAUCAUCCAAAGUCUAGUAAACAUAAAAAAAAUCUAAAUCUAUGUUUGGUGUGACCAACUUUGCCUUCAAAACAGCACCAAUUCUCCUAGGGACACCUGGACACAGUUUUUCUUGGUUGUUGGCAGAUAGGAUAUUCCAAGCUUCUUUGAGAAUUUGCCACAGUUCUUCUGUCUAUUUAGGCUGUCUCUUCAUGUAAUCCUAGACUGACUCAAUGUUCAGUGGGGGUCUCUGUGGAGCCAUGCCAUCUGUUGCAGGGCUACAUGUUCUUUAUUCUAUUUGCAGAAGGAAUGUUUGGGAGUCUAAAAUGUAUAUUAGCUAUUGACACACUACAGCUAAAGAUAUAAAUAACCAUCUUAAGACAAAUGUUUUGUUAAUCAUCUUCUGUGCCUAAGACUUUUGCACAAUACUGUAUAUAUAUAUCCAAGGGAUGUGCUUAAGGAGUUACUGAUGUAGGCAUCAUUUAUAACCAUCUGUUAUUACAUUAAGUUAAUUAUGAAAUACCUCUUUGAACACCCAAUGUUGGUAUCCCUAUUUUCUCGAUCUCUCAGUCACAACACCUUUUGAACACCCUGUCAAUAGAACUGGGCCAGGGCUUUGUUUAAAACUAAUCUCCAUGGGUCAGAUGCACAUAUAGAGGUUCUAUGCACAAAAAGCUAAUAGAACUAAGUGUAUAUUUUGGGGGGUUGCACAUUAGCUUAAUUUUCCUCUGAUCAAAUAAGCACUUAAUAUCCCACAAAUAAUAUAAUUGCAAUAUAAAUUAUUUACAUAAAUCUUAAAAUAUCUAUCUCCUUCAGCUCCCCUUAUCUAGUGUUUAAAGCAAUGAGUGCAUGGUGUACAGGUGGGAGAGAGGUAUGGAUAUACAUAAAUGGUAUGUUUGAUUGUGAAACCUUUACCAAGAUAAUGCAUCGUUGUUGGCAUAUUCAAAUUUCAUGUGUUUUCUUGACGUGUGAAUGAGGUUUCUUGUCCUGUCCUGACAACUCAAACAGUUCUUGCGUGUGGAUGCAUAUGUGUUCGUGUGCAUGUGUAUCUGUCUUCAGCCAUACGCUCGAUUAUAUGCAAAGUCAAUAUUGUGAACUUUUCAAGUUCAGGGUGCCUGUGUUAAACGAUAUAUUAAAUGGAAUCACAUCAGAACAUGAAAAAACUCUUUGCUUUUCCUUUCUCCCUCCCCACACACCCAAAUACCCCCCAAACAAUUUUCAGUUGUGCCAUGUAUUGACUGUUAAAAGUUUGAAUUAAUAUUUCAUUGUUAUGUUGCUCUCUCUGAAUUUCCAACAGUGGACAUGAAGAGGGGGUUACAAGCUCAAGAAUAUUUGUCACUGCUAAUAAACUUGUUC